GAUAAUUGCUCAAGUGGUUACUGUGCAGAGCAAUAUAAAUCUAGAAACGUCUUCAUAAAAUACGAUCCUAAGAUGAAAAAUAUUGCAUUAUUUUCUUUGAGUGUGCACUGUGAUUUUUUGUGAAUUUGAAAAUGGCAACAUUUCUCAAAGUUCUUGCUUUCUUUAUAUGUACCAUUCUUGGUCAUCAAUGUUCUGACAUAACAAGUGAUUCAACGAACAUAACAGGUGAUUCAACGAAUAAUACACUCUAUGUCAGAGAAUCUAUUCUGUCUAGAAGAAAAGGUACAUUGGAGCAGAACAAAAAUAUACACGGAGAGGAGCGAUUGAAGAAUGUAAUUUUACGAGACAAAAAUAUGUCUGUCAGUGAUGAUUCUGUGUGCAAGAUACAUGAGCUUACUGUUGACUGUUCAAAGCGACUUUUAAAAGAAAUAAAUUCUUCAUGGUUUCCUGAUAGCACGGAUGUCAUCUUUCUGAAUGACAAUCUUCUCACUCGAUUAGCCAAUUCAACAUUUUCACACUUGAUUCAUUUAACUUACUUAGAUCUCUCAAACAAUGAGAUUUCUCAAAUCGAUCUUCUUGCAUUUGACAGUUUGACCAGCUUAAGAUAUUUAAGCCUACGUUAUAAUGUAAUUUCUUUCAAAGCGGUGUCGCCUAACAUUUUAAAACCUUUAAAUAACUUACAGCAGUUGGAUCUAAUACAACAACCUAUUGCAGAAAAAUGUGAUGUUCCUGUAUGGAUUUUUCAAUCAUUAAAUCAGUUACGCAGCCUGGCUGUUGGUACAAAUAGUUCUAUUCUCUACUUUGGGUCGGAGUUUCUGAACUUUAAAAAUCUGGCAACGUUAGAGAUUACAGGGUCAACCCAAUACGUCACCGAGGCAUCGUUUAAGAAUGUUAAUAAACUAAAAGAACUGGUCAUAAGAGACAUGCUAAUUAAAUAUGUUGAUGAUAAAGUAUUUGUGCAAUUAAAAAGCCUAACUGUUCUCAAAAUGCACUUUGUUGUCAUAGAUUUGCAAAGGGUUUUAGCUUUGCUGUGGCCGUUUACGGGAAGAGAAAUGUCUUUGAUUCUUUUUCAAGGCAUCACAACCACUCUUGCAAUACCUGAUCCUACGAAAAACGGCUUUCUCACUAAAAAAGACUUUAUGUAUUUAACAGACAUCUGUUUAAACACGUUUACAAUGAUAGAGUGUAACAUCUAUUACAUAACAGCUGAUGCCUUUAGAAACAGAACUACAUGGGAUCGUUGUCUGCGUAAUGUCUAUAUAUCAGGCAACCCUUUAAUCGGAAGUACUGUGGCUUUGUUUCCACUAGCUCUGCUUCAGAACUUAACAACAGCCGUUGUUGGUAACACAAUGAGAUCUUGCCAGUCCUUUUCUCCAUUCCCGAAUGUCAAUUUUAAGGAAAACUAUUUCUUUCAAAAUAUUUCCCUCGUUGGUUUGUCUGAUUUUCAAAGGAAAUUUGAAAAAGACUUUAAAGUUACUGAAGCAAAUAAAUAUUUACGAGAAAAAAACAAUAAUGGAAAUCUAACAUUUGACACACUAGAUGGUAUAAUAUAUAUAUAUGUCUCUAAGAAUUUAUUAAGUUGGGUUUCACAACGAUUGCUGCCUGAUGUUACAUUACAACAAGAUAUUACGUUUCGAGGCGCUGAUAACAUGCAAUAUUUAGAUAUAUCAGAUAGCGGAUUUCACACUUUUACUGGCCAUAUUCGUGGUUUAUCAUCAGUGAAAACUGCAAUCAUUUCAGGGAAUGACCUUUCGUUUCUUUCGGAGUACUUUUUAGAUCCAUUUUCUGGCUUAGAAAACUUGGUUGUCUCUAAAUGUCAGCUGAAUAGAAUUUUUUUUGCUCUGAAAAGUGAUCGUGUGUUUCAGAAUACUACAAAACUAAAAGAACUCGACCCCUCUGAGAAUUAUCUCAAUGCUUUAAGCAAGGGAAUGUACUCUAGAAAUUCAGGACUAAUCUAUUUAGGCUUAUCUGACAAUCAGUUUAAAGAUAUUCCGUUUGAUUUCAAAUUUACUCCAAAUCUUAAAAUUUUAGAUUUUAGCAAUAAUAUUAUCACUACCCUCACAGCGGAAACUACUAAAGCCCUUGAUGUUUUACAUGAAAAGAACGGAGGGUUUGAACUCAAACUGAGUGGAAACAUUCUUUCGUGUGGUUGUCGUGAUUUACCUUUUCUUCACUGGUUGAAUUCAACUUUAGUUAGAUUAGACAACAAUAGAAACUACACCUGCAUGAGCAAGGAUGGUGAAAGGACAAACACAUUGGCGUUCUCUGAUCUGGAAUCUCUCUGGAGACAAUGUUGGGGCGAAUUCUUCUUCUACAUUGCAAUAAUUACAUUAUGUCUUUAUGUUAUUGGCGUAGUCUUAAUUUUUCUGAUGUUAAAGAAUAAAACAUUUCUCGUUUCAUAUUUCUUACAACUUUUUGGCAAUUUCAAACUUCACACCAGAUUGGACUACAAGACAGAUGUUUAUAUUGGUUAUUCAGAUGAAGACUAUCGAUUUCCUUGCAUGGAAUUACGCGAGCAUCUAGAAAGAAAUUUAAGAUUGAGCACAUUUAUACUUGACAGGGAUCUAUUGGCUUCUUUGGACAAAGCCAGUGGUAUCGUGGAUGCAAUCAACUCUUGCUGGAGAGUUUUACUUGUCUGUAGUAAGAGCUUCUUAAAAGACGAGGCCUGGUCAAUGUUUACUAUCAGGUCAGCUAUGUACGCGCAAAGUCCAGAUAACCCUGCAAGAAUAGUUAUAAUGGUUCAUAAGAGUUGUCUUUCCCUGCUACCAAAGGAACUUCUGAGUGUCGUCAACGAUGAAAAUAUUAUUAUUGUGCCAGAGUGGAAAAUAAACUACACUAUGAGUGAAACAUUGCGAACUCGAUUGUCGGCAUAAUUUUUAUGUCUCUAAAAGUUAUGCCUGACAGUUUGUUUUUUUUAAAAAGCAACUAUUCAAAUUAAAUGGAAAACUUAUAUACAUAACUAGCCGGAUGUUACCCGCAGUCUGCGGACUUUAGUUUGUGUAUUACAAAUCUAGUGGAUUGGAUUUAAAUCUAUGUCAAACUUAGCUAAUGUUCCUUUCAAAUUGCGAAAACGGGUUGACUCGAUUUGUCAAAAAGUUUCUUUAUUUAAUAAAGAUAAAUUUAGCUAUUUUGUUUUGUCGGUGAACCAUAAUUAACACCAAACAGUUAAAUGAAAAAUGUCUUGUACACCAAACAAAACUCGUAAAA